UCUCACUCGGUCUCUGCUUUUACCAGUCGCCAAUUCUCGCACACAUUCCUCUCUCCAAAUCUCCUCGCCGCUCGUACUCUCUCUCUCUCUCUCUCUCUCUCUCUACGCCAGUCGCUCAGCAUUCGUCACUCUCUUUCUGAACUCCCAAAGCCAAGUUCAUUUAAUCAGGAAUGGCUAUGCAAACUGCAAGUCCUCAGCAAGCUCCCAGUGCUCAAGUGGUUGGAAAUGCUUUUGUGGAGCAGUAUUACCAUAUUCUCCAUCACUCUCCUGAGCUGGUUUACCGAUUUUACCAGGAUACAAGUGUGUUGAGUCGCCCAGAUCCUAAUGGACUUAUGACAACUGUGACAACUAUGAAAAGCAUUAAUGAUAAAAUAUGUUCCUUGGACUACAAGAACUACAAAGCAGAGAUAAAGACUGCUGAUGCUCAGGAUUCUUUCAAGGAAGGGGUGAUUGUCCUUGUAACUGGGUGCUUGACUGGAAAAGACAACCUGAAAAGGAAAUUCGCUCAAACCUUUUUUCUCGCUCCUCAAGACAAAGGGUACUAUGUUUUAAAUGAUGUUUUCAGGUAUGUGGAGGAGAGUGAACCUGACAUUACUGCUGCGGUGGUUGGAGUUAAUGACACACCAUCUAGCACUUUGACACAAGAUCCAGAGCCUGCUCAGGUGGUUGAUCCUCCCAAACCAGACCAUGUUACUUCUGAUGUGCAGGAAUUUGAGACUAUUGAGGAGAAAGACAAUAACCAAGUGAUUGAUGAGAGACCGGCUAGUCAGGAUAGAGAUAUUGUGGUGGAAGCUGGGUCUCAUUUAAAUGAGAAUCAUGCAUCAGUAGCAACAGAAUCAGCUAGUUCUACAUCCCAAGAAGAUGCUCCUAAAAAGUCGUAUGCAUCAAUUGUUAGUUCACAAACAAAGAAGGGGCCCACCAAAGUUUAUGUUCCUGCUAACUCAGCAAGAGUAGCUUCCCCCAAAACUGAAAAACAAUCUGUUAAUCAAGCAGCAGAGGCUUCAGGCUCUGAAGCAUCAGCCCAUCAUACACCUGUUGUUGCACCAGAAAGUAACGAUGCUCAGGAUGAAGUUGAGGGUCACUCCAUAUACAUACGCAAUUUGCCUCUGAAUGUCACAGUAGCUCAGCUUGAAGCUGAGUUUAAGAAAUUUGGGCCUAUUAAGCAAAAUGGGGUCCAAGUCAGAAGUAAUAAGCAACAAGGAUUCUGUUUUGGCUUUGUAGAAUUUCAAGAAUUCAGCUCCAUGCAAAGUGCAAUCAAGGCUUCUCCUAUAACUAUUGGCGAUCGUCAAGCUGCUGUGGAAAUAAAGAGAACCACAACCAGAGUUGGCGGUGGGAGGGGUCGGUUCCCUUCCCGUGGAGGGUUUCGUAAUGACAACUUCAGAGGUCGUGGAAACUUCAGCGGUGGUUGGACCUAUGUGAGAAACGACAGCUUCAGGGGCCGAGGAAACUUUAGCGGUGGUCGCAGUGGAGAAGGUUAUCAACAAGGAAGAGGGAGGGGAGGUCGUCGUUCCGGUCCAAAUCAGAAUUUGGCUUCAACAUGAAGUGGAUGUUGGUGGCAAUUUUGACAGUUUUCAUUGCCUGUGCGAUCCACCAGAAACAGUAAAAAGUUAAUUCAUCAGAGUUUUACCUUUUGUUUCUUUUUUGUCUCACAAUGAGAUGACUAUAGUGUAGUUCCAAUCAGUGAUUCUUUCUAACAUAUCUUUAUGUAGGGAUAUGAGGUUUUCACAGGGUUGAGGAAUGUAACCUGCAGAGAUGAUUGAUUCCCUUUUAUCAAUGUCUCUCUCCCAACUUCACAUUUUACUCCUCAAACUUUUGAAAAUUGUAAAGUUUGACUUCUUCAGUUCCCAAA